AAAAAAUUAGGGACCUUCAUCCCUAAGCUACGAACGCGAAGGACUAAGCAGAGAAUGAAGAAGCUGUGUAUGUGGAAAUCUUUAUCAACUACGCGCCAAUUAUCCCACGCUCCGACCACCGUUUUGACUACGCGCCGCCGCACACUCUCUUCAUCUUCUUCCUUCGAUAUUAAGAAUGUUACCAAAUCAAACUUUGAAUCAGCUCUCAAGGACCUACGAGGUCUUCUACGGGACGCCGAUUUCGUAGCUGUAGACUUGGAAAUGACCGGAGUCACCAGUGCACCUUGGAGAGAAUCAUUCGAUUACGACCGGUAUGAUAUUAGCUACCUCAAAGUUAAGGAUUCCGCCGAAAAGUUCGCCGUCGUUCAGUUCGGUGUUUGUCCCUUCCGGUGGGAUUCUCACAAGCAAUCCUUUAUCGCUCAUCCACACAACUUCUACAUAUUCCCACGGCAAGAAAUUCCUGGUAGCAACCAAUCCCGUGAGUUCCUUUGCCAGACAACAUCACUUGAUUUCUUGGCAAAAUACCAGUUUGAUUUCAAUUUGUGCGUACGUGAAGGAAUCUCUUAUUUAUCCAGAAGCCAAGAAAAGGAGGCACUGGAACGUAUAAGUUCAAUAUACAUGGAUGAAUCAUCAGAUUCCGUGUUUGGCUUGAGUGAAGAUGCAGACUUCCCACUGGUUAGGAUGGCAGAUGUUCUAUUUGCUGAGAGAAUGAAGAACACAAUAAGGGAAUGGCGUGAUAGUUUGUUAAGUAAGGGAAGCAGUAGCUCUGAAAUUAAACAAAUAUCAACUGAUCCAAGUCAGAGAUUUCAAAUGGUUUUCUUCAAGACCCGUCCAGGCCUUGCCCUUAGUGAUUUUACUUCUCGCCAACUAAGGGUGAUUAAAGCGGUCACUAAAAAGCAUUUCAAAGAUCUUGCCUAUAUCCGAGUAGCAGGUGAAGCAACAUCUCCACAGCAAUUGAUUGUCUAUACAGAUUCCAAUGAUGACAGAAAUCUACUGAUGAAAGAGGUGAAGGACGGCCUUCGUAAAGAUGCGGAAAUGAAGGUCGAAUCUGCUGUUGGAUUUCGACAUGUUAUUGAUCUUCUUUCAUCAAAGCGAAAGUUGAUUGUCGGUCACAAUUGCUUUCUUGAUGUGGCGCAUAUGUACAGUAAAUUCAUUGGUCCACUACCUUCAACCGCUGAGGAUUAUGUAUCUUCCCUUCAGAAGCUCUUUCCUACCAUAGUGGACACCAAGAUACUCUUGAAUGCAAACGGUGUUUUUCGACAGACUUUAAAUAAAAGCAACACCUCACUAUCCAGAGCAUUUGUCUCUAUCUGUCCUCAUAUUGCUUUAGGUAUCAAAACAUCUAGUUUGGCUGAUAGACCAUGUGUAGAAGUGGAGGUUCAAGUAGAUGAAAAAAGAUCCUCGAACUGGAACUCAGGAGCCAAGCAUGAAGCUGGAUAUGAUGCAUUCAUGACUGGAUGCAUUUUUGCACAGGCGUGCAAUCAUCUAGGCAUUGAUUUCACCCUCCAUGUGCUUGGUGGAGAUUUAGUGAAGGAGACAAAGCUUCAGAAUUAUAUCAAUCGCCUUUACCUUAGCUGGGUUAGUGGUAACGUCAUUGAUCUAAGUAGUGGGAAAUGUACACCAGACUCCUCAGCUUCUAGUAACCUCAAAAGUCGGUACCAGAAUUUCUCAUUUCCUAGCAUCAUUCUGUUGUGGGGAUUGCCAUCUAAACUAAAAGCAAAGGAGAUAAGAGCUUGUAUAGCACAAGCCUUUGGCCCAAAUUCUGUUUCCUCAGUCUACCAUUUGGAUGAAAGCGCUGUCUUUAUUCUGUUUAGCAAGCCAGAACUGGUUUCUAAGUUUCUAGAAUUGAAGGAAACUCUAAGUAGGAACAGUGAUCCAAUUUCCGUGUUGCAUCCUCUUUCAAAUAUUCUGAACGGAGAAAACACUCAUGCAGCUACCUACGAUGUAUAUCAACAAAUAUGCAGUUCAUCCAUCUCAAAGAAAUUAUUCGCAGAUCAAGCUGAAGCUGUUGGUAUAAAGCACAAAACAGUGUCGUCCAGGGCUGAACGAGGAAAAAAGGGGAACCAGGUAUUUGAUAAAGAAACAGAACCUAGGAUGUUCGAUGAGAAAGCAGAUGAUCUGAUGAGUUCACCAUAUGGCUGCUCUGAAACAGAUCGAUCAGCGGAAUCUUUUUAUCUAGAUGAAGUUCUGGCAAGCAAAUAGGAGUAGUUAUUCCUAGUU